UCAGGUCCGAGCAAACAUCUAUUACGGGAAGGUUCGUCGUAGGACGCUUCUUUUAUAUUUACGAAACAAGUAAAAACUGACAUAACGAGGAGUCGAACAAAAGAAUAAUCCACGCAGGGAAUGCACGGAGGCUAAUUGGCACAAGAAUUCACACAAUAAAGGUGAAAGAGGUGAGAUUGUUUCAUUUGUUUGGUUUUGUCAAUAGCGUCGACAUUCUUACUCCUCAGACUCCAGCUCAUGGGACGACAAAGAAGUGUAAUUAUGGACUUUACGGACAGCACUUCAAUCUAACAAUACUUGUGUAUCUCGAACAGUACCGUUUAUUUUUGUAUUUUUGGAUGAUUCCUGAGCACGCGGGAAACUUUGAAUGAUGUUAUUCUGCUUUGGGUAGGAUCCCAACUUGCUUUUGAAAGUACCUUCUUGUACGCUCAGUUUCCCUGAAAAGGCUUUGCAAACUGAUAACAGAAUUUGAGAAAUUACCACCAGGGGAGCGAUGGAUUGGCAUCCGUACUGGUGAUGAAGAUGCUAACCUGCUCCGACAAGACCCUCAAACAGGUGCUGUGUAAACUUGGUAGGUUCGACGAAGAAGUCUUUCGGUCGCAUUUGGCACCAUUAUUGUAGAAGUUUAUUUUUAAGUCAUCAGAUAUUCCUUUGAGGAUUAUUUGCAUUACCAAACAUUUCGCCGCAGCAAAAACUCUUUUGAAUACGCUUCCACAGGAAAUACGGACUUUGAGAGGAGCAACUUGGCAAAUAGCGGUCACGUCGUGGUACACAGCUCGUUAAACCUGCGUGUAGCUCUCAUUCUAAAACCCUCAGUAAUAUGUUAACCAACGUUUCCACGAGUAGUGAAACCUCCACAGACGUCAACGCUUCAGAAGAAACCUCAGGCGAGUCUCCCAGCCUCAAAGGAAUCAAGCUCUCCCUGUAUGCCAUCAUUUUCCUCAUUAGUGUCAUCGGCAACACUUUGGUUUGUGUGGUGAUCGCCAGGCGUCGGCGAAUGCGAACCGUCACGAACUUCUUCGUGUUAAACCUCGCGGCGUCAGACUUAGCGAUCACCUGUAUUUGCAUUCCUUUUGACAUUCCCGUGCAGGAAAAUCACUACAAAUGGCCGUAUGGACACGUCCUGUGUAAGCUUCUGUACCCCAUUCAGACAAUGGCCAUGUUUAGCUCCAUAUUUACACUGACAGCUGUGAGCCUGAAUAGGUUCUGGGCUAUAGUACAUCCUCUGAGGAAACAAAUGACUAAGAAGCAUGCUUCCGUCGUCAUAGUGGUCACCUGGGUUACCUGUGUACUUUUAACAGUUCCUUAUAUGAUGGUCUUAAAUUUGGACGAGACCACUAAUUAUUGCGGCGAAUUCUGGCCAAGAGUCGAAUACAGGAAAGCAUAUACAGCUUCUUUGUUUGCUCUGCAAUACCUUCUGCCUCUGUGCGUGAUCACAAUAGCAUACUUGAAAAUCGGGCUUGAAUUAAGAACUUGUACUAGCGUCAAGAGCGGAUACUCCGUUAACUCCGUUUUACACAACACACAUAGAAAAGAGGCGCGCAAAGUUGUCCGUAUGCUUGUCGUCGUCACCCUUCUUUUCGCGAUUUGUGUGUUACCCAAUAACAUUAUGUGGCUUUGGCUUGAUUUUGGAAGCGGAGAGAGCUACUCUAAGUUUUGGGACACGGUUGCAUUUACCAACAUCAUUCUAUUUGCAAACAGUGCCGCGAACCCUAUCGCUUACACUAUCUGCCACGAGAAUUUUAGAGAGGAAUUUAAGCUGUAUUUUACCUGUGAUCCGAAAAUAUUCCAGAGCAUGGCAGAAAGUACAAUCACUUACACGAGGAGCAGAUUGCGAAGUCUAACUGGUCAGGACAAAAGCGUCGGCCAGACCGCGGACUAUAGCGAUCUACCGGUUAUCGACGAAAUAUUAGUCGUUGAUGCAAAAGAGACGGCCAUUUAAUGACUAAACAUGUCAGAGGAACGGAGAGAGAAAAAAAAACACAUUAUCCAGUUUAAAUCGGCAUUCUAGAGUAGAUACAGACUUAAUGAAGAUACUUGAAUAUGAGAAAAAAUCGACACAGUCGAAGUGAUAUUUCCGUUGUCCCGCUAUUGGACACCCAAGGUUUGAAGAGCGUUUUGUUCGGAUGAACGCUUGCAACUUCGCACUAAGAAAGACGCCAUUAAGAAGAAGUUAAUAACAUCACUUUGAGCGGUGUCCAGUGGCUGUUUCCAGCAUGUCUGUUAGGUCAUUGUUUCUUCAGUAAACCCAUAAGAAAAAAAAAUAGAUAUUUUAAAGUUUGUUAUUUUAGUUUGCCGCCUCUUUGUCUACUUCUUGCGACAAUUGAUGCGUGGUACGUUGCAACUUCUUUUGUCUCAUCAGUUACAUAUGAAUCAACAGUUCUGUAAUCAGAUAAUAAUUUCAGCGCAAUGAUUAAUUUGGCGAUGAAAUAAAAUAACUAUGAUGAUUGCCAUAAUUUCUGAAUGUUUUCUCUUUGUUUUUUUUUUCCUUUUUGUUGGAAAUUAAAAACACAAAGUAAACAAUAAAGAUUACACAUGCAACA